GCGCAGAAGUACCAUGCGUACCUCCUCUGCAAGCAUCUGGUCCACGCAACCGGGGAUCUUCCGGCAUCGUGGUGGGUACAAGUACAACGGUUUCAUGUCCCGCCGUUCUACACAGUGCCCAUCAACGGGAUGAUCGCCUCUCCCCCGGAGUCAAACACGAAGCACGCCUGGCUUGAUAGAAUGCCAAACACAGCGGCCGCAGAACCAAAGACGCCGAGCCCGGUCAAGAGCUCAAACUCGAAGUUGGUGCAUGCCAACGGCACGGAGUCGGAGACGGAGAUAGAGGAGUCCGCGUUACCGUCGAUCGACUCGUCACCUAACAAAGCGCCGCCAACCGGGCGCGACGGCCUCUUGCGCACACGCGCAGGCGGGAGCGGGGGCUUCGCGCUUGAUGACGAGGACGCUGGUGACGUGCACGAGCAGGUGCGACUGCUGCGCCGUGCAGCCGACAUACUGGAGGAGCAACAAGACUUAGCGGAACCGCGCUUCAUCAAGAACGCGAUGCGCGCGACGCAUGGGGCUGUGAAGUGGGCGCAGGACAUCGAGAAGCACGAGCGUCGCCGCACCAUGCCCAUUACGAACACCACAGAACGCGGACAAGCACUCCCUUCGAAUGUUAUUGGCUACAAAUACAUCGCGCGACGCUGACUGGGAGUAGUAGUACAGCGCGACUCUAAUCUAAUAACAACACUUAACAAAUGUAUUGAACGGUAUAGUAGACUCUAUGUUACUUGUACUCUAAGACGGCGCGAACGCGACUCAAACGCAAGGCCGGGGAGGUCGCACGGCGACUCGCGCCACAGC